CGCGAAAUUCCUUUCUCAUAUAUAUCGUUUUGUUUAUUUAUACUUAAGGGAAUAAAGUAGGGACGUAUAUGUAAAAGAUGGCCGAUUCUGAGCCGUCGUAUAUCGAUUACGAAGCUUUCCUUGAUCCCUCAUUCUCCCCUGCUGCUUUCGCCAACACCCUUGUCACAAGCACAAACAACCCGUCCGAUACCCCGCUUGAUCUCUCGACUCCAUUGUCUCGUGUCCUCUUCGAUAUCCAAGAAAUCGACACCCAUAUCCAUACAUUGGCUACGAAAUCUGCGCUUCCACUACUUACACAUACGCGCGGCCAGACCGACGCUGGUCAGCGGGUUUUGGAGGCGGUAGAAGGGCAGGUUUCUGCAUUAAGGGAGGGAUAUAGGAGGCUGGAGAAGGAUGUUUUAGAGCGGUGGGAAAGUGCGGAGGAGGUUCGAGGUGCUGCCGAAAGAUCAUGGGCAACUGUGAGAUUAGCAAGGGCAGUGGGAAGGUGUUUGGUGCUAGGUAGGCAGCUGGAAGGCCAGAUGCUGGAGUUGACUGGCCGCCCAGUUGGAACGGGCCCAGACAGUGGAAGCUCGCUAGUGGUAGAAGAUCAUAGGGCACUUGUGCGGGCUUCUAACACGCUGUUAAUGCUUCGGCGGAUGUUUACCACCACUGAAGAUGAGGAGUGUUUUGGGCUUGAUCGAGUUAAGGUGAUAAGGACUCUGAGAAGUGAUCUGAUCUCUCCAGCCGAGAGCGCGGUCAAAGCCAGAGCAACACAAAUUAUCAAUAAAUUCUCGCUGUCCUCAUUAGCGAUGGACACGGGCGGGGUAGGGUCUGCUGUCGGAGGUUCGGGAACUCAACUCCAAGCUCCUGGGGCGUCGACGUUCGCGCAAGCCGAAGAUGCAAAGUCCCGCAUUACCUCCGCAAUUACUGCACUAUAUCUAUUAUCCCCAACCCCCCAUACAUCGAUUCUGGCGUCUGAAUUCCAGCCAGAAUUGCUCCUUGUAACGCUGAAGGGCUAUAUCCAUACAUGUCUAACUUCAUCGCUAGCUUCGUUGUCGCGCUCGUUGUCGAUGCUCCCAACUCUCGACCGGACGCUUCAAGAAACAUCUGCUAAGUGCCAAAACAUUAUGGCUUUUGAAGCUCUCCUAGAAACCAUCAAACCUCCCGCUCACCCUUUUCUUAACUACAAUUACCCCUCACUUUCCAUACACUCGGAAGCCACAACUAGACCUACAUCAAACCCAUCCAUCAAAGUCAAAGACAACCUUCUCCAACCAUUACUUCAAUGCCUCGACACAUCUUCUCUCCCUUCCUACUUCUGGCGCUCACUAGCCUCGUCCCUCUCAACACGGGUUCAAGAGAUUAUCAACCGCGGGGGCGUCUCCGCAAGAACCCUGAGAUCGAACCGGGAGCGACUCCGUGAGCAAUUGAGGGAGUGUGUUCUGCGGGGUUCGCAUCUACCAAAUAAUAGCGUCACUAGACUUGGAGGGUCUACGAGUCCUAUUGUGGUGGGUAACUGGGAACGAGAAGCAGCUGUGAUGAACCCUACCUUGGAGAAGGCGAAUAAGGAUAUUUUCACCAUGAUAGGAGAACGCGAUCUGACCCAUAAUUGA